UAUCAAUCAGUCCCCUUCUCCUCAAAGAGCGACAACGGCGGCUCUCCGUCGUCUGCCUCUGAUCUUCGACCACUCUCCUUCGCCACUCCUUAUCGUUGUCUUCUUCCUAUUCAUCUUCUUGGAUCAAACACUCCAAUUCCAUGCCUGUUCACGACAAGCACACCCUUGCUCCAGAGCAACCCUUGAGAAUGUUGAGGAUAUCAGAAGCAUCCUUGCAAAGCUGAUCCAGAGCAACCCUGACCUCUUCCUCAAAACUCUGCACUAGUAUGUAUAUACACUUUCGCUGCCUAGACUGCUUCUAAAUUACCCUGGAAACACUGCCCAAGCAGAAAAGGAGUGAUGGAGAUCGAAGUAGAUCAACGAACUGAUGGAGAUCGGCGAACCAGGCUUCACCAGCGAUGUACAAUGAUGGGCUGAUAGAGAUAGACAGAGUGAGUGCUUCGCCGGCGAUAGAAAUCGAGUUUUGUGCGAGGUAUAGCGAUGGAGAUCUGGACGAAAUUCAGAGGGGCACUUUUGUCUGAAACUAUUAUGACCAGGGAUAGUUUUGUCUCAAAAUUUUUCAAUCGCAGGACGGUGAUACGAAGGAAAGCGUAUUGGUUCUUCGUUGUUCCCUCGUAACGGCAGCAGUUUUAAUGAUCCGUCCCAUGUUCAAUGUUCAUUUCUUCCGUACCCAAAAUUUCCCCUCGAUUUCUAACAUUUCAUCUUUCAGUUCUCUUACCCAAUCUACGAUGGGUUUCUACCACCGCCUCCAAAGUUCCUGUGGUAACUACGAACCUCGAAUGUUGCAUUCGAAUUUUCUUCGAUGCCAGACAGAAGCAGAAACAUGCUGGGUGCACGUUUGCUUUGGUUUCGGCACUCAAGUCAUGUUCCUCUCUGUUGGCCUCCUUUCAGGGCCGGCAAUUGCAUUGUUUAAUCUUAAAAUCCGGGCUCCAUUCCCACAUAUUGAUUCGGAACAGCUUGAUCAAUAUGUACGCAAAAUGUGGUUUCAUCAAUGAUGCCCGAUUGUUGUUUGAAGUCUGCUUUGAGUUGGAUCCCGUGUCCUGUAACAUUAUGGUUGCUGGGUACGUGAAAGCUGGUCGAUUGGACGAUGCUCGCCGUCUGUUUGGCAAAAUGCCCGUUAAAGGUUGUGUUUCUUACACCACCAUGAUCAUGGGUCUUGUUCAAAAUGAUUGUUGGAAUGAAGCCAUUAAUGUCUUUAAGGACAUGAGGUCCAAUGAUGUUAUCCCUGAUGACUUGACAAUGGUGAAUGUGAUCUCCGCUUCCUCACACUGUGGCGGAAUUUGGAGCUGUCGCAUGCUUCAUUCCUUGGUUAUUAAAUUAAACAUGGAGGAAUUGGUUCGUGUGUCAACGAAUUUGAUGCAUGCAUAUUGUCUUUGUUCAGGUCUAGUGGAGGCAAUAAGACUCUUUGAUAGGAUGCCUGAACGGAAUAUAGUGUCUUGGAAUGUGAUGUUAAAUGGAUAUUCGAAGGCAGGUCUUGUUGAUACAGCCAGGGAUUUGUUUGAGAAGAUUCCCAUUAAAGAUGUCAUUACGUGGGGGACAAUGAUCGAUGGUUAUGUGCGAACAGAAUGUUUAUGUGAAGCUUUCAUGAUGUACUGUGCAAUGUUACGCACUGGGCUGCAACCUAACGAAGUCAUGCUUGUAGACUUGGUUUCAGCGUGUAGUCGGGUGAUGGCAAUUCGUGAAGGUCAACAAUUGCAUUCAACAAUAGUUAAGAGAGGUUUUGAUCGUUGCGAUUUUCUUCAGACCACGAUUAUCUAUUUUUAUGCAGCUUGUAGAAUGAUGAACCUUGCCUAUCUGCAAUUCGAGGUGGGUGUAAAGGAUCACCUUGAAUCAUGGAAUGCCCUCAUGGCAGGAUUUGUUAAACAUGGAAUGAUAGAUCAAGCUAGGAGAAUUUUCGAUGAGAUGCCUGAAAGAGAUAUAUAUUCAUGGAGUACCAUGAUUUCUGGCUACUCACAGACUGUUCAACCUGAUGUGGCUCUAGAACUCUUCCAUGGAAUGGUAGCUAGCGGGAUCAAACCGAAUGAAAUCACAAUGGUGAGUGUACUCUCUGCAAUAACCACUUUAGGCUUGUUGAAGGAAGGAAGAUGGGUCCAUGAUUACAUACAUAAUAACUCCAUUCUUUUGAAUGACAAUCUAUGGGCGGCUCUGAUUGAUAUGUAUGCCAAAUGUGGGAGCAUCAACACUGCGUUACAAUUGUUUAAUCAGAUUCAAGACAAAACCUCCACUGUGUCGCCAUGGAAUGCAGUCAUCUGUGGGUUAGCCACACACGGACAUGCAAAUAUGUGUCUAGAGAUUUUCGCUGACCUGCAGAGAUAUCAUAUUAAACCCAAUUCAAUUACAUUCAUAGGAGUCCUCAAUGCUUGUUGCCACGCGGGGUUGGUGGAGUCAGGGAGGAGAAUCUUUCAGAGCAUGAAGAGUGUGUAUGAUUUGGAGCCAAAUAUAAAGCAUUAUGGUUGCAUGAUUGAUCUCCUGGGUAGAGCAGGGAAGUUAGAAGAAGCUGAGGAAUUAGUGAACAGCAUGCCGAUGAAGGCUGAUGUGGUGAUAUGGGGAACUCUGUUAGCAGCAUGUAGAACUCAUGGAAAUGUGGAUAUAGGAGAGAGGGCUGCAAGAAGCUUGGCGGCGUUGGAGCCCCGUCAUGGUGGAAGUAAGGUUCUUUUAUCGAACAUAUAUGCAGACGCUGGACGGUGGGAGGAUGUAUCGAUGGUAAGGAGAGUCAUGCGGACCCAGAAAACGAAGAGAAUGCCUGGGUGUAGUGGUUUUGUAAGAUAAACUUGAGACAAUUCCCCUUCUAUCACACUUUCACUUGAAGGCACAAGUUUCUCACAGCACUCAUUCUCUCUCCAUUUCUUUGUCAAAAUUCUUCCCACUCAUUUAUCUUUUAGUCUAUUUGGUACAUGGGUAGUC